AUGGCUUCUCAUCUGACUCUUCUUCAUGCUCCUCCUUUUUCAGUUCCCACUAAAAACUGUCAUUCCAAAUAUACUACCUUAAAACCACUCAAACCCACCACCAAUUUUCCUUCUUUCUUUCAUUGUUCUUCAAUAACAUCACAAAGAGGAACUUGUUCGUCACUGAUUGCUUGUUCCUCUUUAAAUGGUAGAGGGCCAAAUGAUUCAGUGGAUGAUGGUGUUAAGAGCGUGGAGCAACUUGUUGAAGAAAAACAACGAGCUGAAUUGUCUGCUAGAAUUGCCUCAGGAGAAUUCACUGUCAAACAGGAAUCUGGUUUACCUUCUGGGUUAAAGAAGAGUUUGUCAAAUUUGGGAGUGCCCAAUGAGAUUCUGGAGUUUUUAUUUGGUCUGUAUCCCAAAAUUCCCGAGGCAAAAGGGUCGAUUAAAGCCAUUCGAAGCGAGGCUUUCUUCAUUCCCUUGUAUGAACUUUUCAUCACAUAUGGUGGGAUUUUCAGGCUUAAUUUUGGUCCAAAGUCCUUUCUGAUAGUAUCGGAUCCGGCUAUUGCAAAACACAUAUUGAAAGACAAUGCGAAGGCUUAUUCUAAGGGUAUCUUGGCUGAGAUCUUGGAUUUCGUAAUGGGGAAAGGGCUUAUCCCAGCUGAUGGGGAAAUAUGGCGAGUUAGACGGCGUGCUAUAGUUCCAGCAUUGCAUCUGAAGUUUGUAGCAGCUAUGAUUGGCCUUUUUGGACAAGCUACAGAUAGGCUUUGCCAGAAGCUAGAUACUGCUGCAUCUGAUGGAGAAGAUGUUGAGAUGGAGUCACUUUUCUCUCGAUUGACGCUGGACGUCAUUGGCAAAGCAGUGUUCAAUUAUGAUUUUGAUAGUUUAUCAAAUGAUACUGGUAUAAUUGAGGCUGUUUAUACCGUACUGAGAGAAGCAGAAGAUCGAAGUGUUUCUCCGAUUCCCAUCUGGGAUAUCCCAAUAUGGAAAGACAUAUCCCCACGUCAAAGGAAAGUUGCUGCAUCUCUCAAGCUUGUCAAUGAUACACUUAACAAUCUCAUCGCAAUAUGCAAGAGAAUGGUGGAUGAAGAAGAGCUACAGUUUCAUGAAGAGUACAUGAAUGAACAAGAUCCAAGUAUUCUUCACUUCUUGUUGGCAUCCGGAGAUGAUGUUUCAAGUAAGCAACUUCGUGACGACUUAAUGACAAUGCUCAUUGCGGGACAUGAAACAUCGGCCGCUGUUUUAACUUGGACCUUCUAUCUUCUUUCAAAGGAGCCUAGUGUCGUGUCGAAGCUCCAAGAAGAGGUUGACUCGGUACUUGGUGACCGGUUUCCAACUAUUGAAGACAUGAAGAAACUCAAAUAUACAACUCGGGUGAUUAACGAGUCGUUGAGGCUUUAUCCACAACCACCUGUGUUGAUUCGUCGCUCUCUUGAAAAUGACGUUCUUGGAGAAUAUCCUAUAAAAAGAGGAGAAGAUAUCUUUAUAUCUGUCUGGAACCUACACCGCAGUCCAACCUUGUGGGAUGGUGCUGAUAAAUUUGAACCGGAAAGAUGGCCGUUAGAUGGACCUAACCCUAACGAGACGAAUCAAAAUUUCAAAUAUCUUCCAUUUGGUGGAGGACCGCGGAAAUGUAUAGGGGAUAUGUUUGCUUCAUACGAGACUAUAGUAGCCCUUGCAAUGCUUGUUAGUCGGUUCAAUUUUCAAAUGGCGGUUGGAGCUCCACCGGUUGUGAUGACUACAGGAGCCACAAUUCAUACAACACAAGGAUUGAAUAUGACUGUAACGCGCAGAAUAAAACCUCCGAUUGUGCCCUCGUUACAGAUGUCGACAUUGGAAGUGGAUCCGUCCACGAACAUUACUGAUCAAGAGGAAAUAGGUCAGAAAGGCCAAGUUUAUCAGGCUCAAAAGUCUUGA